UCCCAGAGGCGGGGCCACUCAAAACCCGUGAUUUGUCAGGGAAAUCUGGGCCACCUGCUCCCCACAUGCAAAUGGACCCAAACCCCUGACAGCUGCUCCUUGGGCCUCUAACUCUAAGCCCUGUCUUCCCUCUCUGAGCUUGGCCAAGACAUAUAGCAGCAGCCUGAUCCCUCUGGUUCCAGCCUUCACAACCCCAGCAGGACUCCGUGAGUCAUGGGGGCAAGGAAUGGGCCAGACCCCAGAUGGAAGCCAGGCUGAGGCUGCACCCCACUUCCCACACUCUGUCUACUCAGAGCAGGAGCAGGCCUGUCCAUCCCUAUCUCUGGAUCCCCUGUACCUUUCCCCACCCCCAGGAUCAGACCCAGAGGCAGCUGGUUGGGGUUUGCUGAGAAUAAGGAUUAUCCAGAUCAGUCCCUUCUAAUCUCAGCUCCUGCCUGCACCCUGCCUAUAUUUGCCAGAACCCCUUUUGCCCACAACCCUGAGCUUAGAGACAAAAUCUUGGGGAUUGAUAAUGGGCCACCUCUCUCCCUCAUAUUCUGGCUCCUGGACCAGUUGCUAGGCAGGUCCUGACUGCCACGAUCAUCAGCACUGGUGGGAGACAGGGCCUGGGGUGGGGGUGGGGGUGGCAUUGGAGCUGUGGUUGCUUCUGCUUCUCUGUACUCCUCCCAAACCCCAACCUUUAAUCCUCACAGCUUUGCUCUAAUCCCAUGGGGCCUGAUGCUCUUAUCUCUGCCUACAGGGAGACUGCUCAGGGAAGCGCCCCUUCGACCCCUCUUCCCCCCAGGCCUUGUGGGGGGGCUGCUCCUAUCACCCCACACUCUUGCUCCCACUUACCGCCCCCCUGGUCCCCUGGGCUGGGCCCAAGGCUCUCUGGAAGCCACACACCUCCCUUCCUGCCCUCUCUCCACACUGUUGCCAGCUGAUUUCAUUUGCCUGACGUUGUCCUCAUUGGCCCUACCUUCUCUGUCAGUGCUCCCCCCAACCCCCCCAGAGUUGGGGCCAGGCCAGGCCAGCUCCUCUGGCAGCAGAGCUGGGGCAGGUGACGGGUUGGCGUCGCAGCUGAGGGAGUGAAGAGGUGCCUGGGAACUGGAGCUGGAAACCCAGGAGAGGUGCAGUCAGAGUCCAAGAGCCGGAGCUACACCUCAACCUAUCAGCCAUGGGGGAGAUGGAGCAGCUACGGCAGGAAGCAGAGCAGCUCAAGAAGCAGAUUGCAGAUGCCAGGAAAGCCUGUGCUGACAUUACUCUGGCAGAGCUGGUGUCAGGCCUAGAGGUUGUAGGAAGAGUCCAGAUGCGGACAAGGCGGACGUUAAGGGGACACCUAGCCAAGAUCUAUGCCAUGCACUGGGCCACCGAUUCCAAGCUGCUGGUAAGUGCCUCGCAAGAUGGGAAGCUGAUCGUGUGGGACACCUAUACCACCAAUAAGGUGCAUGCUAUCCCACUGCGCUCCUCUUGGGUCAUGACCUGUGCCUAUGCACCAUCAGGGAACUUUGUGGCAUGCGGGGGGCUGGACAACAUGUGCUCCAUCUACAGCCUCAAAUCCCGUGAGGGUAAUGUCAAGGUCAGCCGGGAGCUGUCUGCUCACACAGGAUAUCUCUCCUGCUGCCGCUUCCUGGAUGACAACAACAUUGUGACCAGCUCUGGGGACACCACUUGUGCUCUGUGGGAUAUCGAGACCGGGCAGCAAAAGACGGUGUUUGUGGGACACACAGGGGAUUGCAUGAGUCUGGCUGUGUCUCCUGACUUCAAACUCUUCAUUUCGGGGGCCUGUGACGCCAGCGCCAAGCUCUGGGAUGUGCGGGAGGGGACCUGCCGGCAGACUUUCACUGGCCAUGAGUCUGACAUCAAUGCUAUCUGUUUUUUCCCCAACGGAGAGGCCAUCUGCACAGGCUCGGACGACGCCUCCUGCCGCCUGUUUGACCUGCGGGCUGACCAGGAGCUGACUGCCUACUCCCACGAGAGCAUCAUCUGUGGCAUCACAUCUGUGGCCUUCUCCCUCAGCGGCCGCCUGCUCUUUGCAGGCUACGACGACUUCAAUUGCAACAUCUGGGACUCCAUGAAGGGCGAGCGUGUGGGCAUCCUCUCUGGCCAUGACAACAGGGUCAGCUGCCUAGGGGUCACAGCUGAUGGGAUGGCUGUGGCCACUGGCUCCUGGGACAGCUUCCUCAAAGUCUGGAACUAAGGAGGCUGGACGAGGGGAGGUAAAAGGCCAUGAAGACACUCAGCUACCCCCUCCCCUCCCCUGCCCAAUUUUUCUUCUGAGGUUUCUUUAUUGUUUUUUUCUAUACCCCAGCUGCCAUUCCCACCCAGCUUUGUCCUUUGAGGGCAGUGGGGAAAAUGGGGAGUAUGCCUUUGGGAGACAGCAUCAGGGACACAGGGCAAAGAAAUGCUCCAUCUCCUCCCAUGGCCUCCCCUCUCCAUGGUCCUGCAGCUUCUCCCUUAAUGAGCAAGGACAACUGAUCCCUCCUCAGCCCUUGGCAGGCCUAGCAGGCUUCCAGUCUGAGGCCCCACGCCCUAGAAUUCCUCCCUGGAGCCACUAACUUUGUCCAGACCUGGGUGGCAGAGGUGUCAGCUUUGUGACUAUGGCUCUGGCAUCACUAGGAUCCUGGCCCCCUUCCUCAUGAUUUUUCUUCUCUCCCUUUAUUUCCCUCCUAAAGGACCUAAAGGACAAUAAAGUGUAGCGCCCUAC